GCCAGCUGCUCUGUGGCUCUGCGGGCUCGCGCUUGGUGUGCUCCAGCGCAAGACUCAACUAAAAACGCAUUUCACCCAGUGCAAAAUACACAAAAUAACAAAAUAGUUGUUACUGUAACAUUAACGGGCUCUAAAACAAGAGAAAAGAGCCUGCUUCUGCGCAGCCUAGAAGUUGAGAUGUUGCUUUUCAAAGGGAUAAAAGUUUUUUGGAUGUCACACUCGACGCACUGAGCUGUCUGUAGCUGCAUUGGGAGCGAGGUGGGUGCCCACUCUGCCUCUUCCCUGCAAUGCUGACCUCCCAAGUUUUUAGGAAAAAUGCCCAACCUUGUCACCGCCUCCUGCAUUUCUACUGCUGUCCCACGGUCUUGAGAAAUCCAGAUGCAGGAGCAGGCACUCAGCGGAUGCCUCUCGAUGUCCUCACUGUCUGACCUGCAGUUUGGUCUCCUGCUCCCAUUGUACCAAACUUCUUUAUAACACCCAUUACUCUAAAGCGGGGACAAAUGUGAGAAAGUAGAAUGAUUUGCUCCACUCCACUGGGCAGAACAGAGCAGCAGAGCCUGCUCUUCGUGUCUAAUCAAUAUCCUCUGUCUAAGCAACGCUAAUGUAAAUUCGGACAUCUCAUGAAUUUACAUGCCAGCUUUGUUUCUUAGUCCUCUUCUCUGCAUAGCAGAUAAUGGGCAAAAGCAGAUGUGCCUGAAGUCAUGCAGUGUGUGUCAGAGCACACCAAGGUGUGGCGCUGGACAGGGCAGCGGGGGGUGCUGUUGCCUAUCGCUUCCUGCGCUGUUCUCACUUAUUUGCUUUCGCUUACAAGUUCAAGGUCGCUCGGUAUGCUGAAUUGCACUUCUUCAGCAAACAUCUGAAACUGAGUUAUCAAAACCAGAAGAUGAAUGUUCCACCACUCCCAAGACUUCAUAAGAGAAAAAAAAUCUCUACUGAUACCACAAGUGACACUAUCAAUCUUUGCUCCUUAUUCAUGAGAACAAAUUUGGCUCCUCAACAUUGAAGGUGGAAAUCCUUGACUGGAAGACAAAGGAACAAUUAUGCUUCUUAGAUAAGGUGGAACCAAAUGCUACAAUUAGGGAGAUAAGAUCAAUGUUCCAUAAAUUAUAUCCCCAGUGGUAUCCAGCAAGACAGUCAAUAAAACUUGAUCCAAAAGGAAAGUCCCUGAGGAAUGAGGAAAUCCUGCAGCACCUCCCUGUUGGCACAACUGCUACUUUAUACUUUAAAGAUUUAGGGCCACAGAUAGGAUGGACUACGGUAUUUUUGAUAGAAUAUACAGGUCCAUUGUUCAUCUAUUUUCUGUUUUAUUUCCGCAUGCCUUUUGUGUAUGGACUGGAUGAGAGGUUUACAUCAAGCCCACAUCCAGUAGUUAACACUCUUAAAUGCUUUUGUCUUGCUGUUUCUAGCUUGGCAUGUAUCUGCCAUUCUUUCCACUACAUCAAAAGGUUGAUUGAAACAAUAUUUGUUCAUCGGUUCUCCCAUGGGACUAUGCCACUGAGGAAUAUUGUGAAGGAAUGGAAAGCUGUGAAGGAAAAAGAAGAUCUAGAAAUGUCUAAGAACUGUUUAUAUUACUGGGGAUUUGCAGCUUGGCUUGCUUAUUACAUCAAUCAUCCUCUUUACACUCCUCCUUCUUAUGGGAAAAAACAGAUUAAUUUUGCUGUGAUCAUGUUUCUGCUAUGUGAAGCUGGAAAUUUUUCCAUUCACGUUGCACUUAGUGACCUCCGGAGAGAUGGGUCCAAAACUCGUAAGAUCCCGUAUCCAACAAAGAAUCCUUUCACAUGGCUGUUUUUCUUUGUAUCUUGCCCUAACUAUACCUAUGAGGUGGGGACAUGGAUCAGUUUCACUAUCAUGACUCAAUGUGUUCCAGUGGGGCUGUUCACCUUGCUUUGCUUCAUUCAGAUGACAAUCUGGGCAAAGGAUAAACACUAUACCUACCUACGAGAAUUCAAGGAUUAUCCAAGUGUUCGAAUGCCAAUUAUUCCUUUUUUAUUGUAAGAAAAGUUUGGUUUCAAUACUGCAUGGAACUUCAAGAAGAAAAAGCCCAUGGAUUUUUCUUAUUCAUAAAUCUCCUGCCAAAUAAUUGAAUUAAUUGAAGUGAUUCUGGUGUAUGCUAACUCUCCACUGCUGAGGGAAACAAUACACUUGAAAACCAUACUUCCUUAUAUUCAAGAAUUCUUCAAUUCAGAAGCACCUUCAAAAAAUAAGGCUUCACUGCAGAGCUGGUAGCCAAAAGCCCGUAUAGCUCCACUGCAACCUGACUGACUGAGAUUUCCGUGCACUAGUCUAUUUAGAUUGAUACAUCAGAGAUACUGAUAAGCUUGUUCUGAAAAGCAGCUCCAAAUUUAGCAGUGGCAUUCUGCAAGACUGUGACAUAAAUACAUUGGAAUGAGGACACAGCAGCCAACUACAAGAAAGCUCAACUCAUACAGUAUGGCCAGCUGGCCUGAAGACAGUUGCAUGUUUUGCCUUCUUUGACUUGAAAAAGAGAGUGUUCUGCCUGGAGGCAGGUACUUGGUGACAAACAACAUUACCAAAGAAAAUGAAUGGCUCCUGGAAUAAUGAAUUGGGCAGUCUCUCAAAUACCUGCUUUGGGUCUAAGCUGUAAUUUGCCAAUUGGAUCUAAAGAAAGAAGAAUUUGUGGAUUUAACAUCCAUCCUGUGAAUAUAUAGGGGUGUUUAUCCUGUUUUGUUUUUAAUAUUUUUAAUUAGUAAAUUGCAUACUGACAAAUAAGGUUCACAGUAUCUGAUCUAUGCCGUAUCCAUGAUAUUUGGCCUGUUUCAUAUAAUAAGUCCUUAACAUAUUCUAAAAGAUCCUAGAGGACAUUUAACCUUGUAUUUUUUGUCAGAAUUCUCUGAAUAAUUUCAGUGUACUUUGUGAAUACAUAAAGUACUGCUAACAUUCAGAAUGGUAGUUCCCUUCCUAUUUUCAGAGCCAGGGAGAAAAAUCCAGACAUUCUGAACUUCCUGUGUUUUCUUUUUCACAAGAUGUUCAGUGGGAUUUAGUCGGGUUUUGUGCAAAUCUAGUAAAAAAAAAUAUAAAAUUAUGACUGCAAUAUAUCUGAAUGAUAUUUUGAAGAAACUGUUUCAGAAUAUGAAGAAAAUGUGUAGAUACUGUUUUGUUUCAUGAUUAAUUUAUUUAUUAUAAUGGAUGUAUAGAAAGAUUUUGCAACUGUUCGUAAGGGUGAAAUCUACAAUAAAUUCUAGACUAUGUUUUGAAUUCAAUUGAAAUAACUAUGGCAAAAGAGGAAGAUUACAGCUGGUUGCCAAAAUUUCAUAAUUAUUUGUAAAGUACAAAGGAAGAAUGUCCUUGCAUCAAGUAAGACCUAUAUAAAUUGAACAAAAAACUAAAAAAGCAAAAUAUGUGACCCACCUUUUAUUUCUGUAUAGCACGUGUUGGAGUUCUUUUUUUAAAAAAAUGAAAUAAUUUCUUAGAUAAGUGAAACAAUACGUAAUUGUGAA